AUGUCUAGAGAAAGCAUAAUAAACAUACUGGUGGUUUCGUUCCCGGCGCAAGGCCACCUGAACCCAAUGGUCCAGUUCUGCACACACUUGGCCACCAAAGGCGUCAAGGUCACGCUCGUCCUCACGGAACGGGCGAGCAAAAGCCUUCAAACUCCGGCCGGCACCGCCUCCUUGAUCGAGGUGGAGCUCAUCCCCGACGUCCUCCCCGAAGGCGUCGCCGAGGUUCCGUAUAACAUGGAGACGGUCAUCGCGCAUCUCCGAGCAAGCUUUUCCGUAGGGUUACCGGAGGUGAUCGAGAAGCGAAAAGCGGCGGGGAGAACGCCGAAAGUGGUGUUGUAUGAUUCGGUUGUGCCGUGGAUUCUGGAAUUGGCGAAAGGAUCUGGGUUAGAGGGCGCGGCGCUGUUCACUCAGCCUUGCUGCGUUAGCGCGUUUUACUAUCAUGUGUUCAAGGGCGACGCCGGAAUUCCGCCGGAAAAUUUGGCAACCGCCGUGGUGUCUCUCCCGGGCAUGCCGCCGAUGGGGGCCAAUGAUUUGCCGUCUUUCAGCUACUUCAAAGAUGAUUCUCAGGUCGUUCAGUCCCUUGUUGCCAAUCAGUUCGUAAACAUCGAGCAAGUGGAUUGGAUCUUUUUCAAUACUUUCGACAAGUUGGAAGAAGAGAUACUGAGAUGGAUGAGAAGCAAAUGGGCAGUAAAAACCAUAGGACCAUUGAUUCCUUCAAUGUACCUUAAAGACAGCAAUGAAGAAGAUCACAGAAUCAGCCUCUUCAAGCCCCUCUCACAAGCCUGCAUGGAUUGGCUAAGUACGAGACAGCCCAACUCAGUGGUGUACGUAUCAUUCGGCAGCCUCGCCUGCGUAACACAAGAACAAAUGGCAGAAUUUGCCACCGCAUUGGCUGAGAGCAACCACUCCUUCUUGUGGGUCGUCAGGGAAUCAGAAGAAACCAAGCUCCCUAAAGAUUUCAAGUCCAAGACAUCAGAAAAAGGUCUGAUCGUAAAAUGGUGCCCUCAGCUUCAAGUCCUGUCCCACGGGACAAUCGCCUGUUUCAUGACGCACUGCGGAUGGAACUCGACUCUGGAAGCGCUCAUGCUCGGGGUGCCGAUGAUAGCGGUGCCGCAGUGGGGUGAUCAGCAGAUGAACGCUAAGUAUGUUGUGGAUGUAUGGGAGACAGGAGUGAGGCCGAAAGGUAACCAAAAGGGAAUUGUAACAAAAGAAGAAAUAAAAGGUUGCAUACGGGAAGUGAUGGAAGAAGAGAAAGGGGAAAGGCUAAAGAGAAAUGCUUUGAAGUGGAAGGGAUUAGCAGAGGAGGCAUUGCUUGAAGGUGGAAGCUCUCACAGUACCAUAGAGCACUUCAUCUCACACCUUUCAUCCAUUUGAGAACUCCCUUAUAUUUCAAGUAGAUUUAAAGAUAAAAUUUUAUCAUAUGUAU